AUGUCGAUUUACGCGUCGCCGUACGACGCGGCAGACGAUGGCGGCAUGCCGGACGAGCUUCCCCGAACUAUCAGCCUCGAGCGGUCCUUCGCCGCCCUUUACGGCUUGCAGAACAGCCAGCAGCAGCAGCAACAGCAGCAGCAGAGGAAGUUUCGCGGAUGGACCAAAAUGGGUUCAUUCUUCGGUUCGUCCAAUUCCAACACAUCCGCACAAACCUCCCGCCGGGGCUCUGCUGCAGGUUCGUCAGCGCAGGUUCGGGAAUCAAACGCCGCACCGUCUCUGCUGCGAACCGUGUCGCUACCCAGUCGCGCUGCCGCGCUGAAAGCACAGCAACAGCAGGAACAGCAGCGGGAGGUGCAGCAUGUGCAGCAGCAGCAGCAGCAGCAGCAGCAGAUGCGUAGGACGGUGCGAUCGGAGGAGGAGGAGGAGAGAGAGCGACAGCGACAGAUCGAAAUGUUCGGCACCGUUCUCGCUGACGACGUGCCGCUCCCCCCGCCGGGAUUUGAUUACGGCGACGACCUCUCCCCCGACCGCCCUUCCUCCCCUCCCCCCGCCGUAGCAGCGCCGCCGUCGCCGCCAGAAGGGGCGGAGGGUCAGGGGUACGGGGGGAGACCGGGCGCAGAUUAUGAGGGUGGCAGUAGCGAAUGGGAGGGCGGCAGUAGCGACUGGGAAGGCGGUCGCUCUGCGGCGAAUGGAGCAGCCGCAGGAGGAGGGGGAGGGGGGGCGGCGGAGUAUCAACCGCGCGCAGUGCGCGAGUUUAGGCGCACGACGUCGUCGCCCGUGCCCAAGUGCCCGCCUGCUUCCGCGCCUGUGGGCGCGGCGGGCGCAAGAGACCGGCGCGUGGCGGGGGACUGUGUGGGGGCGACCUUCAACGGGCCCUUCAGCAGCGGUGGGGGCUCCGGAAGCGGAGCGAGCAUGGGCGGCGGCGGCAGCCGUUGCGGCGGAACUGCGGGUGGCGGCAGGGCGGACGACGAAGUGCGCGGUGGCGGCGGGGGCGCUGCGCCUUCGGGUCGCGCCACGAGCGGAAGCGCAGGGGCCAUGGGGACUCCGUCCCGCGCGCCUGGGCCGUUUGUUGCGCCUCCCGCGGCCAGCAGCAAGCCGCCCGUGAGGGCCGGGUUUGGGCGCAGCACGAGUGUCACGCAGACGCAGGGGAACGCGGCGGAGGCCGCCGCUCCUGCGGGCGUCGCUGGCAGCGGCGGGGGUGGUGGGUUGGGAGGGCGGAGGGGGUUCCGGCGCGCCAUGUCGAUGGAGCUGCGGCCGCGCGCGAGAGCCAACAGGGCGCCGCUCGCCCUCAACCCGCUCGACGCCUCCCCGCCCGCUAGCAGCGCCGCCAGCGCAUUCCCCCGCCCCCCCGUCCCAUGGGCAGCAGCGGACGACCCUUGCUCCCCCUCCGCCCCCCUCCCUGUCUCCCAAAAGCAGCCGCCGCCGUCCCUCCCCGCGUCGUCCUCCCCAUUCGGCCGUCCUCCCCCCAGCAGCAACCACAGCGCCCGCGGGUGGGCGGCGUGGACGCAGGCAGAUGAAGCCUCCCCCAGAGCCGCCUUCGCCCCGCCCUUCCUGCGCUCCUCGUCCGUCGGAGGCCCCUCCCCCUCCUCCCUGCGCAACCGAGAGCUGCCCCCGCCCGCCCCCCCCUACAGCGCGCACCCGAGCCCACAUGCAGGGAUAGGCGCGUGGGCAGGGGCAGGGGCAGGAGCGGGCGGAGGGGGCAUGGGCGCGGCGGCGGGCGGAGGGUACGGGUGGGCGUCCCCGGGGUCGCAGCGGUCGCUCAGUCCCGAACGCGCGGAGGCCAGCCAGCAGAGGCCGCUGGGUCUGGUGCAGGAGAGCAGCGAGGAGGGCGAUGGGCCGCGCGUGAGGGCGGGCACGGGGGAGAGGCGGGGCGGGGGGGGAAGGGACCCCAGGGAGCAGAGCCGAGAGAGGCACGGCGGAGCGAGGAGGAUGGGCGGGCAGGCGAGGGAAGGCAGGGCGAGAAGGCGAGAUGAGGAGAGUGAGAGCGAGAGUGCAAGUGAGAGUGGGAGCGAGAGUGGGAGUGGGAGCGAGAAGGGCAGUGGGAGCGAGAAGGGCAGUGGGAGUGGGUCAGGAAGCGAGAGUGAAGAGGACAGGGGAGGGCGGAGAGCGCAGCAGCAUCGAGCACGUGGCGGAGUGGGCAGGGGGGGCGUGGGCAGGGACGGACUGGCACGGGGGGCUGGGGGGUUGAUGGGGGUAGCAGGGGGGCCGGCGUGGGAGGGCGGGGGCGAGGAGGUGGGGGAAGAGAGUCCUCGCGAGGCCACUGUGCGGUGUGUGGCCCCUUCCAUGCACUCGCUGCUGCGCCUCGCCUCCCACUCGCGCCAUCGCAGCCUCGACGCCUCUUCCUCCUCCGCCUCCCCCUCCGGCUCCCCCGUGCCCCUCGCCCGCCCCGUCUCCCGCCCCGCCCCCCCUGCCUCCGCCCGCAGCCCUGCGCGCCUGGGCGCGUGGGGAGCAGGGAGGGGGGCAGGGCGCGUGGGGGGGUCGCCGGGGAGAGAGGGGAGUGGAGGAGGAGGCGAGGAGGAGGGGGGCGUGAUGCUGCUGCGGGCGAGCACUCUGCACGAGAGCAGCACUAGUAGCAGCAGCAGCAGGCGCGGUGGCAACAGCAGCAGUGCUUGGCAUGCAGAGAGGCAGGCAGAGGCAGGAGGGCAGAGCAGUGGGGCAGGUGUGGGGGGUGCGGUGCAGAUGGGUGGGAGGGAGGCGAGGAGGGUGCUGGUGCGGUCGGCCAGUGGGGUGGAGCCGAGGCACUGCCGCAACCGCAGUGCGGGCGGCGGCAUGAGCAUCGGCGCCACUGGCAGUGUUGGCGUCGCUGCCUCCUCCGCCAUCGCCAUGGGCCCCUUUGACAACUCCCCGCUCCCAAAAGCACCACCACCACCACCACCCGCAGCGGCAGCAGCAGGGCCGGCACGCGUGGAUGCUCACAACCCUCGAAGGGGUCUGGUUCGGUCGGCCAGUGGAGUGGAGGCGAGGCACCGGCGGGAGAGGAGUGGAGGCGGCAGCAGCAGCGGCAGUGGGGGUGCUGCAGGCAUGGGGUGGCUGACGAGCGGCAUGGGGGCGGGGGACCAGGGGGAGCCGGGGGAGGAGGGGCGAAGUGAGGCGAGCAGGGCAUUCACGCGGUCGAGCAGCGGCGUGGAGGCGCGGCACAGGAGGCAGCGCAGCAGCGGCGCUGGCAGCACGGGCGGUGCGGGCGGCAUUCUCAGCUCACUGCUGUUGCGCCCGGGCGCAGCGGAGGGGGGUGCUAUGGGCGACAGGGAGGCAGGUGAGGGCAAGGCGAGCAGCAAGGGGGGGGGCUUCGGGUUGGUGCGCAUGGCCACGAUGGAGAGGCGGCGCGGCAAAGGCCGCAGCAACUCCGUGGUCGAUGACAGCCUGGCCGCCAGCCCCUUCCAGGACCUCUCCUGGGAUUAG